GCCCGGCGCAUUUGGGGCAGGAACAGCAGUGCGUUGAUGGUCACUGCUUCCACCGGUGCUGCCACUGGUGCUUCUCGCGCGCUCAGUCAGUCGCCCAUUUUAUUAUUGGCGGCCCUCCCACACUCGUCUCUCCCCUCCUCUUCUCUUCUUCUUCUUCUCCAGGUCUUAGGUGAUUCACGAUCCCUCCCUCCCGCUAUCUGCUACAGGUCAUACCUGCCUCGGCUUCUUCUCUACUGAAUAGAAAAGUCGUGCUGCGUAGCGUCGCUUUCAGUUACCUACCAAUUCUCCGCCGCUUCUCCAUCUUUUUUCUCCGGUCAAGUUUUCUUGGAUCGCAAGACUUUUCUCUGCUUACUGCUGUCUGAUUUUUGUCAAGUUCAGCCUUACAUACUAUUGCUCUACGUGAAUCAAUUGACGGAACAGAAUCUUUGUUUCUGUCCUUAAAACCAAUCGUUAGCUUUUGAAGCUGUUUCAUAGCCGCAAUGGCCAACGAUAUUCUGCCCGAGGGCGAAGCCCACAAGGCAGCCUACGUCGAUGCGACUUCCAUGCCGGAUGAAAAGCAAACCCUCAAGAGCACCCAGCAGCAUGGAGUUGACCGUGUCUCUCCUUCCGCCACCCCGGACUAUAGCGAUCAAGAAAAGGGUCAGACACAUAUUGUUCCCGCUGCCGAUGACAAGCCUGCCCGCCGCAACGCUGGCAACUUCAUGGGCAGCCAAACUCGCCACUUCUGGAAUGCCUUCUUUGCCGUCUUCUUCACCGGCUGGUGGAUUGCCUCGCUUGUUCUGCACGCCAAGAACAUGAACUGGGUUGUCCCCUUCCUUGUUUGGCUAUGUGUCAUGCUCCGUAUCUUUUUCAACUAUGUUCCCAGCCGUUACCUGUCCAAGAUUCUGAGAACCGUCUGGAAGCACUCUGCGUUGAUUGUCUACAACGCCAUUCCCGCCAAGCUGCGCACCAUCGUUGGUGCAGCCUUUUCCGUUGCUGUUGUCCUCAUUGGUACUUUCGUUUCCGAGGAGAGUGAGGAUAACACUCGCGCCAACCGUGCUGUCAGCAUUUUCGGCAUCAUCGUCUUCCUGUUUACCUUCUGGGCUACCAGCAGGAACCGCAGGCGCGUCAACUGGCGCACUGUCAUUGUUGGUAUGCUUGCGCAGUAUGUCAUUGGUCUCUUUGUCCUGCGCACUGGUGUAGGCUACGACAUUUUCCGCUUUGUGGCCGAUCGUGCAGGCGACUUGCUUGGUUUUGCCCGCGCAGGUGUUCAGUUCUUGACGACCCCGGAGGUUUCUCAGUACAAGUGGUUCUUCUUCAGCGUCGUGCCCGCCAUCGUCUUCUUCAUCUCCAUUGUCCAGAUUCUCUUCUACAUUGGUUUCUUGCAGUGGUUUGUCCGCAAGCUUGCUACGUUUGUCUUCUGGGCCCUGGGCGCUUCUGGUGCCGAAGCUGUCGUCGCUGCUGCCACCCCCUUCAUUGGCCAGGGUGAGUCAGCCAUGUUGGUUCGUCCAUUCGUUCCUCACAUGACGGACGCUGAAAUCCAUCAAAUCAUGACUUGCGGAUUUGCCACCAUUUCUGGUUCUGUUCUCGUUGCCUACAUUGGUUUUGGUUUCAACAAGGAGGCUCUCGUCUCGUCCUGCAUCAUGUCCAUUCCCGCAUCCAUCGCCAUCUCGAAACUUCGAUGGCCCGAGACAGAGGAAACUUUGACAGCAGGCAAGGUCGUCAUCCCUGAGGAUGAAGAGAGCAAGUCCGAAAAUGUUCUCCAUGCUUUUGCUAAUGGUACUUGGCUUGGUCUCAAGAUUGGUGGUACCAUUGUCGCCUCACUGCUCUGUGUUAUUGCCCUGGUGUACCUUGUCAAUGGUCUUAUGGGCUGGUGGGGAAGCUACCUCAACAUCACCGAUCCUUUCCAUGACGCUACUCAACCUGACACGCUGAAGUUGCAGCUCGUCCUUGGUUAUCUUUUGUAUCCUAUCACCUUUUUGCUCGGCGUUCCUCGCCAGGAUAUCAUGAAGAUUGCUCGCGUUAUUGCCGAGAAGAUCAUCACUAACGAAUUCAACGCCUUCCUCGCCCUCGGAGCCCUCAAGGACAUUUCCCCUCGAUCGAGACUCAUUGGUACAUAUGCCAUCUGCGGCUUCGGCAACAUUAGCUCGAUGGGUAUUCAGAUUGGUAUUCUGAGCCAGCUUGCUCCCACGCGCGGUGGCGAUGUCGCCCGCAUUGCGCCAUCUGCCCUCAUCUCCGGCAUUAUGGCUACUUUGACGACUGCUGCUGUCGCCGGUCUGGUUGUGACUAACCAGGCCAGUCUUACCGCUCCCGCGUCGUAACGUAGCCAUGAGCAUCUAGUUGUUCCUUUUUUGGCGUUUUGUACAAUUCAGUUUAGCAGGCAUCCAUAUUGUAACCGUUGGAUGAUGCAUGAAAAUAUGACAUGUUUCUGUAUCGUUUGCACAGCCUCAUCCGUGUGUUUCUUGUCCUAUAACAAUUGUAAACGUGGUGGUUAUGUAAUGAAAUAGACUUAAACCUGCGGGAUGGCGUCCCCGCUACGGCUUCUUCCCCAACGGUUUCUCAAG